AUGGCAACGGUAAACAGAGGAAGAGGUGAGUUGAAGAGGCGAAACUUUAUAGUUUACAGGAGCCAAGAGAAACGACUAGCAAAACAUGUCGGAUGUUGGAUCAGAGGAUUUUGAUGAUGAUCAGGGUUACCUUGGAGAAUAUGAAGGGGACCGAAAUGAAGCUGGAGAGAGACAUGGGGUCGGGAGAGCUGUCCUACCCAAUGGAGACACUUACCAAGGAAUGUAUGAAAACGGGAAAAGGUCUGGCCAGGGAACAUACCGAUUUAAGAAUGGGGCCAGGUACAUUGGAGAAUAUUACCAGAACCUGAAGCACGGACAGGGUAUCUUCUACUACCCAGAUGGAUCCAAAUAUGAAGGCAGCUGGGUUGAUGACCAGCGCCAGGGCCAUGGCCUCUACACAUACCCCAACCAAGACACAUAUGAAGGAGAGUGGUUACACCAUCAAAGAAAUGGACAAGGUAUAUACCACUACAACGACACAGGUUCCAGGUACAUGGGCACGUGGGUGAUGGGCAAGAUGGAGUCAGCAGGAGAAUUCAUCCACCUGAACCACAGAUACCAGGGCAACUUCCUCAACAACAAUCCGUCAGGCCCAGGGAAGUAUGUGUUUGAAAUUGGCUGUGAGCAGCAUGGAGAAUACCUACAGGUGGAUCAGCCUGCAUCAGAUGAGGAGAAUGGUAAACAUGGGAAAGCCCAGAAGUCCAGGUCUCCCUACCCUGGCCAUGGGGAGGGCUAUUUCUCCAUAGGGGCUUCAGGAGAGGAGGACAGAGGGGAUGCCGAGGAGGAUGAGAUAGUAUCCACCAUGGUCCUGAAGUGGAAGCCCAAGGCCGUCACGGGCCUGUCCCUCUGGACCCCAGCCAAAGAUCCAUCCUCGGACGGAGAAGGACUGGCCUCCGCAGGCGAGAAAGGGGGAUUCAAACCUCCCACUCCAGAGACCUGAGACCUUGCCAGAUUCGCACACAAACAUUUCAAUAAUAAAGACAUCUCUCUCAUAA